AUGAGUUGUGCUGUGGAUAUUUAUGAUACUGGACCUUAUUUCAAAUGGAUUACUUGUAAUAAUGUUGAUAUGAUGAAUGAAGAAAACAAUCGUAACAAUAAUGAUAAUAUAAAUUAUAAUCAAUUUAUGAAUUCAAUGCGUUAUACAAUACAAGAUCUUAUUCAACAAGAAAGUUGUAUUGGUUUAUCAAAUUAUCCAGUUGAUAAACCAUCACGUCUUGUACAAAUUGAAUGUCGUAAACCAGGAUGUCGUUGUGUACUUAAAAAUGAACGUGCUUUAGCUAUGAAAAUUAUUCCUGGUAUAACAUUGAUUCAAGCUGAAUGGUUAUUACCAAAUUCUAUUGUAUCAAGUAGUGAAAAAUCACGAUCAAAUCAUGUUUUUCAACAUGCUGUAAAUAAUACAUCUAAUAAUAAGAAUACUUACAAUCAGAGUUUACCAAACUUUAAUGAAAUUAAAUCAUCUUGUCCACAUUCUGUUGUUCUUACUUCCUGUUGUCCAUCUUGGUUCGAAUUAGUACGAAGAAAUGUUAGUGGACCAUCCGAUAAUGGACCACAAAUCUGUCCAGAAGUUCCUGUCUGGUCAAGUUGUAAAGCGGUUUGGCGAGCCAAACCAAAAUUUAUUCUGUUAAGAAAAGAUACUCAGUGUUUAUUUGCAACUAAUACUCAAUCACUUACUAUGAGUUCAACUGAACUACUUAAAAAGGAUGAUCGUUCCACUAUAACAUUAGAUGCAGAUAAUAUUGGUAUUCUUCAACCUGGAACUGUAUUACAAUUAAUUGAUUGUCGAUUAUGUCGUCUUUUACACAAAGAAGAUCAAAUUUCUUAUCGACUUUCUGCACGUCAUCGUUCAAAAACAGUUUCUAUGCUACAAUGUUCAGUUGUUGGUGGUAAAACAUUAGCUGCUUUAGCAUCAUCUAUUACAAAUUUAUCUUCUCAAGAUGCAUUAAAUUGGUUUAGUACUGGUCCUCGUUUAGUUUAUUUAUCUUUAGCUUCAAAAUCAAUUAUGUGUAGUCCAGUGAAAACAACAUCUACCUUUAGUGUAAAUAAUAAUUAUGAUAAUCAUAAUAAGAAUUCUAGUCAUAUUAAAUUAUUAAGCAAUGAAACAGAUUAUAACAUUUUUGAUAAUGGAGUUCAUAGUAUCUUAUCAUUAUUAAGUACAUAUCGAUUACCUUUAAUUACACGUCCUGUAGUUGGUUUACGUUCAAAUGAAUGGUUUUUUAUGGAAAAAUAUACAAAUCAUUCAUUAAUAUCAAAUUCAAAUUCUAUAAAUAUACAUUCAUCAUUAUUACAAAUAUUUUCAUGUUAUCAUGGUGAUCUUAUAUUUUUAGAACCUUUAUCUGAUUGUAAUAAAUCAAUUGAUCAAAAUCAAUCAUUCAAUGAAUCAAUAAAAAGUCGAUUUUUUGUAGUUACUACGGAUAUGUUAUUAAAUCAUAAUUUUUUAAUGGCUGAUUUAAAAACAUGUCAAAUAUAUUAUCAACAACUUGAAAUACAUGCAUUUAAAGUAUCACAUUUUUUAGCUGCAUGUCAUCCUGUUCAAAGUUUACAAUAUAUAUUAAAACAUUUAGAAGAUAUAACACAUUUAUCUAUUACUGGACCAUCAUAUAUUCCAUUAACUAGAACACUUGGACCAAUUACUAAACGUUUAAAUACAAUUUCUAUUCAAUCAGCUAUUUCAAGUAUAGCUGCUAUUGCUUCUUUAACUAUGCAUGAAGAAUCGAAUGAUAUACCAAAUGAUUUAUAUCAAUUAAAUGAAAUUCAACCAAAAAUAUUAAAUUAUUUAACAUUACAUAAUAAUAAUAAUAAUACUGUUUCUACUACUACUAUAACUACUACUAAUUAUAAUCAUAGUAGUAAUUAUCAUUCUAUGCAUAUAUCAUCGAUAGAUAUGAAUAAUUUAUAUCAUUCAACUAAUUGUUUAACUAAUAGUAAUUUACAUAUUCAAUCUAGUUUAUCAUCAUCAUUAUUUGCUAGUGAAGUUGAUGAAAUGAAUGCAUUAUGUGAUGAAAUUGAAGAUAUUUAUUUUUAUGUACGUAAUGGACAUUUUCCAAUACAAUCUCAUUCAUUAUCAUCUUUAUUACAUCAUAAUCCACAACAAGAACAACAACAACAACAACAACAUCAACAUCAUCGCCAUCAAUAUCAUCGUCAUCGUCAUCAUUGUGAUGAUGAAGAGAGAAAUACCUAUUUAAAUCAUUCAUCAGCGCCAAUUUCUCCACAUUUAAAUCAAUUCAUUAAUAAUACACAUAUUACAAAUCAAUAUCAAUCAAAUCAAAUAAUCAAUAAUCAAUCAUUAAUCAAUGAACAUAUUAUAGAAACUAAUCAUACAAUACAGAAUAAUAAAAAAUAUCAUAAAAGUUUAGAAGAUAAUUAUCAUCAAUUGAAUCAUUUUCCAGUGAAAAUUACUAGUAAAGCACCAAUUUUAUUGAUUCGUCCUAAACCAUGUCAUGAUUAUUAUUAUUAUCAUCAUCAUGAUCAAAUAGAUGAGAAUGAAAGAAAAGGGAUUACUCCAUUGACUAAUACAACUAAUCAACAAAAUAAGUGUAAUACUACUACUACUACUACUACUACUACUACUACUACUACUGCUACCACUACUACUACUACUACUACCACUAGUACUACUACUAAUAAUAAUAGUAAUACUAAUAGUCAAAAGUCCAGUUAUUUCAAUGUAUAUGAUGUGAAUUAUGGUAAUUAUUCAUUUACUGAAACACCUAUUACAAUGAAAUCAUUUCAUCAAUCUAUUCCACCAUUAUCAUCGAUUAGAAAUGAUCAUAUCAUGAAACCUAUUCAAAUAGUAGAUAGUAAAGCACAAGUCUUAUCACAUACUUUUAAACCAAUUACUACUACUACUAUUACUACUACUACUACUACUACUACUACUACUACUAUGAAUAAAUAA